UGGGAUCUACCCACUGGUGGUAGUGGGCGAGUAACCGCGUACGUGCAAGUCGUGCAGACUGCCAAGGACGAUUGUCGGUAGCCAGAAACGUGAGUUUUCUCUUCGUUAACGGCGAACCCCUGCUUCAGUAAAAUUCAUCCACUAGGGACCAUCCACCUUCUCGAGUUCGGACCAGUUUAUUUUAAGCGAUCGGAGCCUCCAGUAGCAGCAGAACGUCACACAGACCUACAGACAGACAGACGGACGGACGGGCGGAGCUGUGUUGUGUGAUGAGGAGGUCGCCUCGCCGCCAAGCUUUGCGUAACAUCCAGAUAAGAAGAAGGGGAAAUUUUUUGUCGUUUGGACUGCUUUCGGUUUGGGUCUGCUUUCAGUAACAGUCUGGUUUUGUGAAGAAAACACACAGCAGAGAUCUAAAGCUACUAAAGGAGCUGAAGGGGAAAUCACCGAAUAUCCAUGAGCUCCGAUUUCCCACACUACGGUUUCAAGAUGCCAAAUAUAGGGUUCCAGAACCUUCCUCUUAAUAUCUACAUUGUGGUCUUUGGGACAGCCAUCUUUGUCUUCAUCCUCAGCCUCCUCUUCUGCUGCUACCUGAUCAGGUUACGGCACCAGGCACACAAAGAACUAUAUGCAUACAAACAAGUCAUUCAGAAGGAAAAAGUCAAAGAGCUAAACUUGCAUGAGAUAUGUGCGGUGUGCUUGGAGGAGUUCAAACAGAAAGAUGAGCUGGGGAUCUGUCCAUGCAAACAUGCCUUUCAUCGGAAGUGCCUCAUUAAGUGGCUAGAGGUGAGGAAAGUGUGCCCGCUGUGCAACAUGCCCGUCCUGCAGCUCGCCCAGCAGGCCGGCACCACAGAGCCCCCCAUGCCCGUCCAGCAGCCCCUGCCUGGCGCCGAGAACCUGGUGUAGCGGAUGCUGAUCCCCUCUCGGAAAGCAGCCGGCGGACACACAACAAACCACAUCCCAACGCUCACACUCACACCUUAAACAGGUACCCUUUGGUGGGAGGGUGUGAACUGACACAAACUGGAAUAACUGAGCAGAAGCUCACAAAAACUGAGAGUCCUCGGUCGUCAUCACCUCUUUUUAUUUUUGCAUCAGUUACAAAAAUAAAAAAAGGAUUUCCUUUAUGUCAGCACCAAGUGGCUGAUAAUCAGCUGUUCUUUUUAUUUUAUUGUAUUUACUUCAUGGACGAUGAAUCUAGAAGAAGUUUCUUUUUGUUACUUUUUCACAACCAAAGCGCUUUUCUGGAGGGCACCAGCAAAAGACGAGGAAGAAGAAAACGCAAAAGCCAAGAACUUCACUACACUAAGAUAUAUAUAUAUAUAUAUAUUUUUUUUGUUUCAUUUAAAAAGCACUUUAUGAGAAGGCGAAAUCUUGAUUGCUUAGGCCUAAGGUCAUGUGUUAUAUUUUAUUUCUUCCUCUUUUCCGUGUACAAAGCAGAUGAACAGGUUUUAAAACAUUACAGAUCUACAUAAAUCUCAAAGGGACAACUCUGGAACAGUUUUGUCUGCUUAAAUGUGAAACGUUUGAUUGUGUUACCAUUACCCAGGCAUUACUCUGACUAAUCCAGUUGUCUGCAAAAUUUAGAUUUCAAGUCAAAAAUAUGCGUUCUAACCCAAGGUCUUUGAGCUGCUUAAUAGAAGUAACGCUUCUAGUUUUUCAUUGCCCUUUUUUUCUGUAUUAAUGUCAUCAGAUUAAGGUUCAUGUAUUUCACAGAUGAAAGCAGGAGACUUUUAAGCAAAGCUGUGAAAGUCACUUCACGGAUCCUGCAACAGAAUUGAUUUUCUGGGACACAACAGAAUGAAAAUGAAAUCUUCCCUCAAAAUAUGCUGUAGUGUCAGCUAUUUCAUCUCUCUUGCCACAAAUGUGUAAAUCUAUUUAUUGUCACUUUUUUUUUUUUUUUUCCGGUACCUCUGCUUUUAGGAGCACGAGUCAGUGAACUGGCACCAGCACCACCAGUCCUGGCCUCAGCGUGUAAUCAGCAUAUCCUUUUAGUGGACGCACAUACACGCACAUAAGGGAGCAGCUGGAGCUGACCCUCCUUUCUCUCAGCUACACUGCCAUAGUCAGUGGUCAGCAGGUUGGAGUGAACCAGGGUUUUCAUUCAUGCAAACACACAUUGCAGGUUAUCCUUUUUUCCUGCUUUUUCUCUGCAGUCUUCUGGUGCUUUCGCCUCCCCCCUCCUUUCUGUAUCGGUACAACGUGCUUUUGUUUCGUGCCACACGUACUUCAGCUCUGAGCCGUGCUUUUGUGGAUACAUUUUGUCCUCUGGUUAGCUGAAUUUGGUGAAUUAGUUGAAAGGCCUCGCUGUGAACUCCCCCCACCCCCAUCCCCUCCUGGUAACAUUGGUGGGUUAAAAUAGCUCACUGAGGUUUGGUAAUGAAGUGUUUUGUUGCUUCGGUUUGGUAAUCAGCGGGAUUGUUAGAGAGCAUAAUGAUAGCUUUUUUAACUCAUAGUCCUCACAGCAUGUUGUAAUCAACCACAAGAUGAUAAUAAUAUGAAAUCAGAAGUUUGGCACCCAUCAGAGCUGAUAAUACUCACAUUGGACACCUACUGUCCUGUCAGUAAAACAAAUGAUACAUUCUGUAUCUUGUGAUCAUCUAUUAUUAGGCCAUGGCCACAGUUAUCUGCUUCUCAGAAAUUACCACUCACUAACAUUUCAUUCCCACACACUUGCAAUUUAUGGUUAUGACUGAAUUAUCUCUUUUGCAUGCCUAAGUAACUUGUGACCACACAGUGAUACUUUUCCCACAAAUGUUACUGGGAGCGCCGCUCAUUCCACAGCGGCGGACCGAAGAUAAGUUUGAGACAGGCUGUCAAACAAUCUGUGAUCUGACCCGUUUUAAGGGAAAUGAGAGCUAUUUGUCUACAAAAGGAGCUCCUCAUGGUAAAUAACAUUAGACUAUAUCUGCAUGUUGUUGCAGUAGUCUUCAUGUCCCAUUAUCUUUUCAACAAAUAAAAAUCUGAAAAGUGAGUUGUUUGCAUUUGUAUUCAGCCCCACCAGUCAUUCAUAGUCACCUUUCUGUGCAGCUGUAAGUUUUUGUGAAUCUAUUUAAACCUAAUUUUUGCCGAUGUUGAUGAAUCUGCUUUGAUCUAAACCACGGGUAUCAAACUCAAGACUUGCUGGCCAAAUCCGAGAAUCUGUACUCUUGAUCAUCACAUAAACUGAACUCUAACAUAACAGUUGUGCGCUUAAACAUUGUUUCAUCAGUCGAAUCGAAUCAGUUUUCAUAUGAAUAUGUCCAAAUUAAAUCAAUGUAAAAAUUGUUACAUUAUAAGCAGUACUAAUCAAACACAGUUGAAAGCUGUAAAAUUUUAAGUUUGUUAAUGGGUAGUUUUACAUUCUGCCUCAGCUUUGAGUUGUCUUUUUGAGGACAUUCAUGAUCUUGAUGCAGCCCAAAACCAAAAUGAGUUUGCCAAUCCUGAUCUAACAUUAUUUAGUGAUAUCAGAGAAAAGGGGGAUGAAUAUAAAUGCAUACCACACUUUUCUAGACUUGUCUUCUACUUUGUGUCGAUCUAUCUCAUGACAUCCCAAUCAAACCUGUCAACAUUCUGAAUCGCCAGAUUAUCAAUCUCACAAGUCACUGAAUUUGUCUUUAACACCAUCUUGGUCCUAUUUUCCUUUCGUUUUUCUCUUUGCAUCCUCGCCACAAAGCAAUGAUCUCAAUAAAGUGUUUCUGGCUUUCAGUUAGAAAAGCAUUGCUACUCUGACGAAUGUCUCAUCUCUGCCGAAUGUCAGCCAACACACAGAGGACUGAACCUUUCCUAGAUGAAAAUGUCGGCCGAUACUCUGGCAUUAACUCAACACGGAACAAUUAACACUAAGAUUUACCGAGAAUCUUUGCACCCAUUUUAGCCUUAGUUGAACAAAAACAGUUGCAAUAACAAAGGAAUAUGUAUUUCAUUACAUCUGUGGUGAACAAAAUGACUGCGAUGCCUUUCUUCUAGCUUGGUGUGCGUUGUGUUUUGGACAUGAAGAGGCUGGGACUGUUAAUGUUGCAGCAUGAGGGAACAGAUCUUCCAUUUUACCGCCAUCCAUACAACCUGGCUCUCUUCCAUUCUAACAACUCAAGUCUUAAAGCUUUGUUUACUGAUCUGCCUAUGGAUCUCACAUUAGAAGGAAAUGUUUACUGUGAAUGCAUGCUGCUUUGCAAACAUUUUCUCUCACCCUUUGCUCAGUGUAAGGCGUUACUGUUACAGGAUGAAUUUCCACUAGAGUCCUUCAUCUAAACCCCAUGGCAGCUAGCGCUUGCUGCCAUUUGUCCACCUUUGUUGUUGGUUAUUAGACAUUUUCCCCACACAAGCCUCCCUGUUUUCCUGCCGCUCGCCGUCCUGAUAGUGCCAACCAGACAUGAAAUGUUAAGAAUUAAAGAGAGCGUGUGUGACGACAGAGGGAAAAAAAAUGGGUCUGAAGAGCGCAGUAAGAAAUGUCUUCCCACCACUGAAAUCAUCCCUGACGUCAGCGUUGCCUUGGACUGAGCUGUUAUAAAUAGACACCCAGUCAGGAGCACCGUUAGACAUGAAUAAUUUACUGGUAACCACAGAAGAAAAGGGAGUUAUUGAUCACGACACCGUUUUAUGGCAGGUAGUGUUCAUUUUGACAGGAAAAAAAAAAAAGAAGGAAA